UAAUAAUAAUAAAAAAAUCACACCGAGGAUCUUAAAAUAAUUCAAAUUUAAAGGGAGAAAUACCUCUACUGAAGUCCUUGAUAGACAAAUUUGUGGUUUUCAUUGUCAAUAUUUUUUGAUUGAACGAAUUUCAAACUGCAACCGAGAGGAACGCCGAGCAACACAGUGAACUGUGCGCGCUCCCGCGGCGGAUGAUCAGUUUUAGCAGACAGUCACUUUAAGACACAACACCGGCUUCGUACACUUCAAGGAGCCGACUGUCAGAGCCGUUUCAUUCGCGGCCGACACAUGAGUUGUUAUCUCCGGCCGGCGGUGAGGCGUAGUACCGGGACGGAAGCCCUGACAGACUAGCUGGGUGCCGGGUGGAGGAGGCGAUGAGGCCGUGACAAAGCCUCCGAAAGGCGGACACUAACCGGGGGACCGAACCCUGCUGGAGGCAGCAGCAGCAGCUACAGGAUGCGCAACUUCCACUGUUGGAUACAAACAUCACCUGGCAGCAGGUUGUCCUCUAGACGUGUCUGGUUGAGCGCUGAGGAGGUUCCUGCAGGUGGGAAAAUGACAAACCCCUUCCUCCUCGCUGUUUGAGCAUGCUGUUUGGCUAGCAAAGCCAAUCGAGAGGAGCCUUACACCUCUUGCACGGCCUCCCCCCUGGACACGCAAACGCAGGCACGCAGAGACGGCUCUGUUCAAGCACGGCCAUGCUGAUCAAGGAGUACCGGAUCCCCAUGCCAAUGAGUGUGGAGGAAUACCGCAUUGCUCAGCUCUACAUGAUCCAGAAAAAGAGCAGAGAGGAGAGCUGCGGUGAGGGCAGCGGAGUGGAGAUCUUGGAGAAUAAGCCUUAUGAGGAUGGCCCUGGAGGCUCGGGUCAGUACACUCACAAAGUCUAUCACAUCGGCAAACACAUCCCGUCCUGGUUCUGUGCCAUUCUUCCUCAAGCUGCCCUUCGUGUGGAGGAAGAGUCCUGGAAUGCUUAUCCCUAUACACGAACCCGGUAUACUUGUCCGUUUGUCGAGAAAUUCUCCAUAGACAUUGAGACAUAUUAUAAACCAGACACUGGAAAUCAAGCAGAUGUCUUCAAUAUGUCCUCUGCUGAAAAGAGACAGAGGACUGUCGACCCUAUAGACAUUGUCAAGGACUACAUCCCUCCCCAUGAAUACCUGGUGGAAGAAGACCCGAAACUGUACCAGUCACUCAAAACCAGACGGGGGCCGCUGUCAGAGGACUGGAUUGAGGAGAUCAGCCAGAAUCCUGGUCAGACUGUUGUCAUGUGUGCCUACAAGCUCUGUAAAGUGGAGUUCAGAUACUGGGGCAUGCAGUCCAAGAUCGAACGCUUCAUACACGAUGUGGGUCUCCGCAAAGUGAUGGUCCGAGCCCACCGGCAGGCUUGGUGCUGGCAGGACGAGUGGUAUGGUCUUACCAUAGAGGACAUCAGGCAGCUGGAGCUGGAAACCCAGUUAGCUUUAGCCAAGAAGAUGGCACAGUAUAGCCUAAGUGAGGAUGGGGGAGCAGAGACCAACGGCUCCUCUGUUAGCCAGGAACAGGACCCAGCAGGAGAGAACCUGGGGUCAGCUGCAGAGGUCGAGGGAACACGAGGAAAGCUUGGAGAUUCUCUGGAGACACGAGGGGAGCUCACCAAGCAAUGGUCCACAUCUUCCAGAUCAUCCAACAGGUCAUCAAAGAGAGGAACGAGCCCGUCUCACCACAGCAUCUCAGAGUGGAGGAUGCAGAGCAUUGCCCGGGACUCUGACGACAGCACCGAUGAUGAGUUCUUCGAUGCCCAUGAGGACCUUUCUGAUAAUGAGGACAUGUUCUCCAAGGAGAUCACCAAGUGGAGCUCUAAUGAUCUCAUGGACAAGAUAGAAACAAUAGAAGUGGAUGAAGCACAAGAAACUUAUCAGGGGUCGAGUGCAGAUUACAAUGCCACUGAGGACACCCAGAUGGAGGACUGUUCGUCCCAGCAGUGUCCCCAGCCGUCCAAAAUCCAUGUCCUCAUUCUGGUCCUGCAUGGUGGUAACAUAUUGGACUCAGGCUCUGGUGAACAGAACAGUAAGCAGGGAGACGUGAACACUCUAAGUGGAGCUUUUGAGACUGUGAUGAGGGUCCAUUAUCCUGCAGCUCUGGGUCGCAUCACCAUCCGCAUGGUCCCCUGUCCUGCUGUGUGUGUUGAUGCUUUCUCACUUGUCUCCAAUUUAAGCCCCUACAGCUACGAUGAGAGCUGUCUGUCCAGCAGUCAGGACCACAUCCCGCUGGCCGCUCUGCCUCUUCUGGCUACCUCUGCACCGCAGUACCAAGAUGCUGUGGCGACAGUCAUCCUUAGAGCCAAUCAGGUUUACAGUGACUUCAUCAAGUCUCCAGAAGGAGCAUCUUUCAGUGGCCAGGUUUGUGUUAUCGGGGACUGUGUGGGAGGGAUCCUGGGCUUCGAUGCUCUCUGCAGCAGCUCUGUCACAGUGUUGGAAAGCCAGAACAGCAGCAGGCGGGGCAGCGCCAUUAGUGUCCAGGAUACAGACCUUCUUUCACCUGGUAUUAUCAUAAACAGCAUCUCCCCGUCCCCGCCAUCCCUGGAAGGAAGCCGCCAUCUCAGCCGCAGCAACAUUGACAUCCCUCACAGCUCGGGGCCUGAUGAUCCCAAGAAACAGCUUCCACGUAAGCGGAGCGACUCUUCCACGUAUGAGCUGGACACCAUCAAACACCACCAAGCAUUCCUCUCCAGUCUGCACUCCAGCGUACUCCACGGGGAACCCGGGUCAAGGCGCUCCAGUAACAGCACCAUGUUGGAGGGGGGCUCCUUGGGAAAGUUUGACUUUGAGGUGACCGACUUCUUCCUGUUUGGCUCUCCUCUGGGGCUGGUGCUUGCACUAAGGAAGACUGUGGUCCCCUCCUUAGAUGUGGCUGCUCUACGUCCAGCCUGUCAGCAAGUUUACAACCUGUUUCAUCCAGCAGACCCCUCAGCUUCCCGCCUCGAGCCUCUCCUUGAUAAGAGAUUUCACUUGUUGCCUCCUUUCAGCAUCCCUCGCUACCAGCGCUUUCCUCUGGGUGAUGGACACUCAGCUCUCUUAGUUGACACCGUUCAGAGUAACCCGCAGCUCCUGAUGGAGUCUGGUGGUGCAACCUCCCAUCGCUGCCAUGAGAGCCCUGCCAGCGAGACCUCCAUCCUUGUUCCGGUCCUGAACUCACAGACCUCUCUGGUCCAUACUGAGGCUGAUACUCUUCAGUCCCAUUUAUAUGCGGAUGGUCUGUGCCCAGCAUCUACAUCGCCAGGUGUCCCCCAUCUUCGCUGCAGUCGCAGGGCCAGCGAGGCCAGCAUAGCCAGCCAGGUGUCUGGCUUAGCUGACUCUUACACAGCUACUAACAUCGCCACGACAAACAAAUGUGAAGUGAGCCCCACAAAAAGACCCAGCCUGCUGUCACAGCUGCCUCUACCUUACAAUAGAUUUGCCUCUCGGAGUGCAACUUUUCGCUUGCACAACAAAAUCCGUCGGGUGUUCCCAAGAGCUAACGGUGUAGAAUCUGAGCAGAGCUCAGAUUUUAACUCUGACAUGACCUCUGACCUCACAGAUGUCACAUCUGACAUCACAGACAUCAGCUCAGUACCCCCAUCGCAUGGGCUGCUGAAGAGCAUAGAGCAAGUUGCGUCACGGUGGUGGGGCAGUAAGCGAAUGGACUACGCUCUGUACUGUCCUGAUGCUUUGACAGCGUUCCCGACUGUUGCUCUGCCUCAUCUCUUCCACGCCUCCUACUGGGAGUCCACAGACGUUGUCUCAUUUCUACUCAGACAGGUAAUGAGACAUGAGAACUCAAGUAUUUUGGAGCUGGAUGGUGAAGAAGUGUCUGAAUUCACGCCCUCCAAACCUCGGGAGAAGUGGCUUCGCAAGAGGACUCAUGUAAAAAUACGGAACGUGACAGCAAACCAUCGUGUGAACGAUGUCGUCUUUACGGAGGAUGGAGUGCAGACAGUAACAGGACGUUUCAUGUAUGGACCUCUGGACAUGGUCACCCUCACUGGAGAAAAGAUUGACAUCCACAUCAUGACCCAGCCUCCGUCUGGAGAGUGGGUUUACUUUGAUACAGAGCUCACUAAUAGCAGUGGACGCAUCUCCUAUGUAAUCCCAGCAAACAAAAGACUGGGGAUUGGGGUGUAUCCUGUUAAAAUGGUGGUCAGGGGCGACCAUACAUUUGCAGACAGUUAUCUCUCUGUUGUACCGAAAGGAACAGAAUUCGUUGUUUUCAGUAUUGACGGGUCAUUUGCUGCUAGCGUGUCUAUAAUGGGAAGCGACCCCAAAGUUCGAGCUGGAGCUGUGGAUGUGGUGAGGUUCUGGCAGGACUUGGGCUACUUAAUUGUGUAUGUUACGGGCCGCCCUGACAUGCAGAAGCAGCGUGUGGUGGCCUGGCUCUCCCAGCACAACUUUCCACACGGCAUUGUGUGCUUCUGCGACGGGCUCGUUCAUGACCCGCUCAGACACAAGGCAAACUUCCUCAAAUCUCUCAUCGGUGAGGCACACAUGAGGAUUUUUGCUGCCUACGGCUCCGCCAAGGAUAUCGCUGUGUACUCAUCUAUCGGCCUGCCCCCCUCUCAGAUAUACAUUGUAGGAAGGCCCACGAAGAAGAUGCAGCACCAGUGCCAGUUUAUUCCAGACGGAUAUGCGUCCCACCUGUCCCAGCUCGAGUAUAACCAAAGGUCUCGUCCCGCCAAGUCAAGUACCCGCAUGGUCCUCCGCAAGGGCAGCUUGGCUCUGGGUGCAGCCGGAGGAGAUUUUCUCCGCAAACGCAACCACAUUUUCCGCACCAAUUUCUCCCAGCAGCCUGGAGGCUCCAGCUCUGCCAGCCAGCCGGUACGGACCGAGCGCACGCUGAGCCAGUGCGAAGGAGAACGUGAGCGGUCAUUCGCAGCCACAACCCAGAGGAGUAUGAGUAUGGCAGCAGGGUGCUGGGGCCGCGGCAACAAGGAGGGCCCCAAGUAAAGUUUACACAAGGAAUAAAGGACCUGGCCUGAGCCACCAUGACCUCUGGACACAACAAGGAGGAUAGACGGUGGGAUCUGGAUGGACGGAUGUGUAGAAUUAUAGCUGGUGUGUUGAGGAAUGGCAUGCAGAGUGAUCUUUCCAGGAGGAGCAGACUUUCAACGCCAAGUAGGAGGCAGAGAUCAAAAAGUUCUGUAGCAUGAUUCUCUUACUGUCAGACUUUUAUAGUAUGCAUCACUUUAAAAAUAAGAUGAAAUAUUGUAAGCCUUAAAAUAAUCUCGUUUAACGGGACACCUUGCUUUCCGCUCUCCGAAGGACACUCUGUCUAAGCAUUCCCGCUCAUGAGCUCAGGACUGUUUCAUCCUCAAUCGACCAUAAGUCAGAGGCCAAGUUUAUUUGGCUUUCCCCUCAACCUCUGUUUUUUGCUGUUUCAAACCCUCACGAUGGUUGGGAAGAAGAGAAUAAGACCCUUAUGAAACAAAAAGGUUAAAAACAAAAGCAGAUAGUUUUGGUUUAUUUUGUACCUUCAUAUGUGAAGUAGAUUAAAAAAUACAUCCCUUGUGUUCACAACUAUGGAAAGAUGUAGAGCUUAGUGAAAGAAAAAAAAAAUUGCAUCAUCAGGCUGUUUUUUAUGAGCAGCCUGUUGUGGACACAAAUAUUUUUGUCUCAUUCCUUUAGUCGUAACAGUAUAGUCAUAAAUAUGCUAAAUGUCACAUAUGAUGUAUUUUAUUGUAGCUUGUUUCUUUCUAAAAAGAUUAUAUAUUAUCUAUUGGAGUUCUAUAACAAGAUUUCCUUACAGAAGACGAAGAGUUAAAUAGAAUACUAUGUUAAAAGCAGGUACCAACCCUCCCCCUAGUCCAUAUGACUCAAUGUGUGUCUUUUCUGAAACUCCUGCAUUAGACAUCAUUUCAUACCAGAAAGAGUCUGGUACAACUCUGCUUCACUGUAGUUACUGCAGAUGUUUGCAACAACACAGAAUACAAGGUAUAACGUUUUUAAAGUAAUCAGACUUGUGGAGCCCUUUAAAAAUCUAAUUGAUAACAGCGUUGUGUCUGCCUCUAUUCUUAUUGGUCUAUUCUUCUUGAUCCUCAGCUGGUUGGGAUGAUGGCAGAGCAGAUACAUUUUUACAGUGUGCACCAUUUUACUCAGAAAUUGGAGCCUCUGUAUCAAAAAUUUGACAACAAAACAAGAAUAUUCUCUAAAUUUUAAAUUGCAACUGGAAACUUGAAGACUUCAAGCCAGACCUAUAAAAUCCAAUAUAGUGUUGGCCGCAUAAUAAGUUGUUGGAUUGAUUAUCAUAAAAGCUGCCUAAAAAGUUUAUCUUUUCAUGUUUUAGUGUUUUUACAUAGGUGGAAAAAGCACCUUAUUUGUGCUUUUUUGUUUCUUCCCAUUUUUACCCAGGUGUCAAGAUUCUGAAGCUGGAAUUGACCUUUAAAGCUAGAGUUGGGACUUGGAUGUUCUACACCAACCCCAACCUCAAAAUGCAAAAUCCAACAUGGCUGCCAACUGUAUAUUAAAUGUACAAUUAGCAGUGAUGGGCUAUUUAUUUACAGUUGUAUUUAUUUCAUUUUACCAAUCACCAGUCAUAGUAAUGUCCAGCCUUUGGUAGUGAAGGCGUUGUUACAGAGUCUGAACGUGUAAAAUGCUGAAAGAUAUGUCAACUUAUAUUGCUAAUAGGGUUAGUCUAGCCACUCCGCACAAUUAGCAGUCCAACUUUUUGGAACACGAUUAAAAUGGGUAAGAUGGCAUUCCCAGAUCCAGUUCUGACUUCUGAGAUAAAUUGCAUCGAAUAUGAAACCAAAACUGUCUGCUUUUUUUACACGCUAAAGUCUAUUACUGGCAUAAACUAGUCCAUUAAAUUAGAGUUUGGUCAGUAAACUAUAUUGUAAUUUAGGGAAAAGCCUUUCUAGUCCGAGUCACAGAACAGCUUUGUUUGUCAUCUUUCUUUUUUUUCAAUAUACAUUGCAGGAGAGCUGGAGUUUUUAUUCGACCCUGUGUGUUAAUGUGUGGCCUCUUGGUCACUCAAGGCCUUAAUAUCCCACAAGACACUGACUCUACAGAGAAAACGGAAAGCAGAAAAACAGGGCAUGCAGCAUUAAAGCAACAACGGAACUCUGUACAGUCCACAGCAACUAUCCCUUUAUAUAAUCAUCUGCUUACAAUACCUCGGAUCCACCUGCUGGUAGCGUUUUGUACCCUGCUGCUGCGGCUGGGAGUUGACUAGGUGGUGUCCCCAGGCUUUUUGCUCUUGAUGUUUCUACAAUACAAUACAGGACGGACCUGGUGUUGCUGGCUGAGGACCAGCAGCAUGUUAAGCAGGAAUUUCACAGCUUUUAUUGGAACAUGAGUCGAAGUAUGUACCAAAAUGAUUCAGCCUGAAUGUUGCAAAUACUGGGAUGGUCCUUUCAGGGUGAAUGCUGAGGUUGGGAGAAUAUACCCUGUGGCUCUCCUUCACCAAGAUGAUCUACUAUGGUUUUGCUGCUUCUGUGUUCUAAAUUGUAGAAUUUCAUGCAAAAUGUACACUGGAGAAGAAGACGCCUCAUGUCUGAUCACGGAGGUCAGAGUGGACAAAACAGAUGAUCCCUAUUGAAUUAAAGGAAGGGUCUGUAGGUUAUUAGGUUUUAAAACAACAGUCAGGUACCUAAAUUAAGAGUAAAUGUCCAGAUAUCCAGAACAGAUGUGCUUCCACUUUAAGUGAUGGAGGAGAUACCUCAGUAGUGAGUCAAAAUUUUUAAAUGGCGUGAAGUGGAGAUGAGAAUCUGUCUGUCAACGACUGGAUUUUUUUAGUUUAGCAAAGAAAAACUAGUCUACUUGUAGCUUACACUUUUCUCUUUAUAUUGGCAUAUUUGUUUAGGCUUCAAACAUUCUUUUCAAUAAAUUAGAAAUUUAUUUCUAUAUAUCUGUAAAAUUACUUUUUCUUACCAUUUUACGAAGUACUGUUUUUGAUCCUUACUAAAUCUAUAAAUAAUUUAAUACACGGCUUCUGAGCUAAAACUAAAUAACCUUAUGCUCAAUGGGUGAUGGAGCUGAGAUUUAUAUAAACAGGCAUUUUAAACAUCAGUUGCAUGUCACACACUUUCAAACCUGCACAAAAGAAAUUCUCAGCAGCAAAGGUUUUUAGUUUAUGGAGACAAACCACAUCAUAAUUACAUUUGUACUGACAGAACAGUCAGAUGUCUUUUUCAGACUGUUUUAGAUCUAGUAAACCUUCAGUGGGCUGUCAUUCAAACAGUGGGCACCAAGCCAUGUUUAUUAAUUGGAUGGAGAGAGCCACUCUUGAUUAGCAGUUUUUGCCAGUGAGAUGAAAUGAGCUUAAUAAAUGACAAGUUAUUGGCUUGAGAAAAAAAUGCAAAAUUCAUAAAUAAAAUUGAUCAAAUUCAUUACCAUAUAAUAAUGCUAUUUAUGUUAGGUGAGCCCAUGUAUUUUUAGAAUUAUCCAAUCAUUUAAUAAUUCAAUCUGCCAGAUCUAGUCUUUGUUUUUUAACAGCUUGUUUCAAUGUUUUUAAUAUUUUAAUCAAUUUAACGUAUCACCUUGUGUUUCACCAAUGUGGAGUGGUACUGGUGUGGUAUCCUACAGAAACAGGCCAUGUGGGAGGAGCAUGCUGGUAGCUACCUGAUAGCUAGCUAGCCUAAAUAGAGGUCAUGCUGUAAAAGUAGGUUAAAGAAUGACUUUUAGAACCCAAACGCUCGGACAGGCGAAUAAACCGCAACUUGGGGUUAACUGUCUAGUCAAGGGGCAAAUAAACAUGUGAUAGGAGUAAGCUGGAAUCAAACCUACAACUUUCAGAUUGCAAGACAGCUACUCUUCCCACUGACACAUGGUAGCCUAGCGUCAUAUCUGGGAAGACGUCAGUGGAGGCAUCGUAUGAUAGUAUAGACUGGUGGUGAGAUUCUCUUCAGGUGAUAAGUUAGAGUGAAAAUACUAGUAUCUUAGUAAGGGAGACUGGUGAUGGUUGUCACAUUUUUACAAUUGUCCAAAUUCCUAAAAAAAAUGUUAGUCUAAAAAAUUUUUAUAUCAGGAAAAAGCUUAAAAUCUCAGUUAAUAAAACAAUUUACCGAUUAUUUUGUAUCUUAUUCUGUUCAAAGGUUAUUGAUCACUCAAUCAAAAAAAGUUCACCUGUUAAAACCAAUGCCGACACUGUAUUGGUUCUCACACCCUAUGGAGUUGGUUGUCCCAAUGUUAUGUUAAUGGGGGAGCGGGGGAGCAGUCAAUCUUUGGCUUAACAUUUCAGUAAUUUAAAUAAGCUAAAAAAAAACACAUGAAAAACUCUACAAAACAUCAAUUUCACUUAAAGUCAAACUUGGCAAAAAUGACAAAAGAUCCCAUAGUUUGUCAGGUUCAAAGCUUCUAACAUCAAUUCAAAAUAGUUAACCACUAAAUAAAAUGGAAAUUCAUUUUCAGUGUAUUUGUGUUUUUAACAAAGCAGGUAACUACAAAAUCAUCCCCUUGUAUAAAACACACAAAUGAAUCAGGAAUUUCACUGCUAGCACAGAAAACUCAAAUUCAGUUGUAACAUGCAACAUUACUUUGUACAACUACAUUUUUCAGUCACUAUCAUUGGCAGACUCACAGUUGUAAGGCUCUACACACAAAACGCAGAAACGUUCCUCAUCAUUCGAUGAUUCUGAGUGACAUCACUUCCUUUUGUUGGUUUGCUUCUUUUUUUUCCUUAUCUUUUCGAAGCAAGGGUUUUUUUCAUCCCGUGUUGAGAUAGUUCUGUUUCUCUUUCAAUUCUCUGUUUGACAGGAGAAUCUGGGAAUGGCACUGGAGAUUUUCUUUCUGCUUUGGGUCUUCUCCUGAGGACCAGCUUUUGUGAAUGGACACAACUCCACUAAAUUAGGCUUAAACCUUGUGUCUCCAGAACUUGUGGGUGAUUCCAAAGGGAGAGAAACUGGAGAGGCGUUACCGUGCAACUGUGGGAUUUCUGGUGCACUGUGCUGUGUGCCAUGAGAAAGCACUUCAUUUUUAGUUGGUGGAGAAUGCUGUUCUGGUACCAGAGUUGGAUCAAGAUUGGGCCGGUCUGUCACAGUUGCCAGGACAAAUGUAAUCUCAGGAAACGCUUCUCUAUUAAACAGAAAGAAACCACUUGUCUGGAAACCAUCCUGAAUGUUCUCCAUGCUUGCUACUAGAGGGAAAGCUGUGGCAAUAAUUUUUGGUAUGACAUAAAUGCUCAUGGGUUUUCCAGGAUUACGCAACAUCCAUGCAGCUUACACAGUGAUGACAUGCCUCUUCAGUGGAGCAAAAACUGAUAGUUGAAGGGGCUGGAGACGGUGGGGGCAGUGAGGGGGUAAUAUGAGCUAAACAAUACCAAUUUAUUUGAUGUAGCUAAGCCCAUCAAUUGCCAAGUGUGAUCGAUGAUUGUCAAGAAGAAGAAGAAGACAGGUUGUGUUUUUGGUGCACCUGCUCUGUGUUUGGAAUUCUACAAAAUGUUCUUCCUUCAUCCAUCCACUGGGAUUUGCUACUCCUGUGCUUCCACCUUGCAGAAAAUAGGGUUUAAGGUUGACUCUGGGGAAAACAAAAAAUGGGAGUAUGCUUUUGACUAGUGUUCACCUCUCCCCAGAAGUCAAAGAUCCAACUUGUAGCUUCAGGGGUCCUAACUGAAAUGACCUGAUUUCUUUCCAUGAAUCCACUAAGCCAAUCUGCCCCUGCCAUCUUCUCUUCCCAGUUUUUACAAAUGGGUAUUUGAGAGUGAAUGGCAAAGGUGAAAGCCAGCUUCCGGACAUCCAUUAGGAAAAGUCCGAAGUAUAUGUCUGAUGCCAUGAGGCAGUAAUCCACCAACUCCUUGCGGACUUCCUGCCCAUUUUAUCUAUCAAAUAGAAAGGUAAAUUAAAAAAAUGUUACUCUAGAAUAGCAUAGCUUGUCUCCAGUCGAUUUUUUUAGCUUAGCAAAGAAAAACUAGUCUACUUGUAGCUUACGCUUUUCUCUUUAUAUUGGCAUAUUUGUUUAGGCUUCAAACAUUCUUUUAAAUAAAUUAGAAAUGUUUUUCUAUACAUCUGUAAAAUUACUUUUUCUUACCAAAAAAUCAAUAUCUUUCCCAUCAAAUAUUUUGACUAGUGACCUAGUUUUUAAACGUUUCAGUCCAAAAAUUAUUUUACAGUGCCCUCUGCGGGCUCAUAUAUGAGUGUGACAAACAACACUGAUCUUCCCUAUUUACUAGUGAUGUGACGUUCACGAACGAAUCGAUUCUUUUAACGGCUCCUUAUCUUGAACGAUAGGACUCGAGUCUUAGUGAGAGGCGUUCUUUGUUUUUUACUACUUUGCUUGCUUAUAAUGCUAUGUCUAUCUUUUAAAUCCUGGAAAAUGUUUAGGAUCCUUCUUUCAGAAAAGUGAAGGACAAUGCAGAGGAACAGGUGGGGGAGGGGUGUAGUUACUUUUGCUCCAUACAGCCCAAGAAACAUCUGAGUACUUUCUUUCUCAUAUCACAGCAAUAAAGACAGUAAAUCUGUUGAUUUCCUCAUACAAUACUGCCUGUUUCUGUAACUCAAAUGAAAAAUUUCCAACACAUACUGACAGCAAAACCUUUAAAAUAUUCCCCUUACACUAAAUGCAUUUCACCAUCACUUAAACUGGACCUGCAUUCAAUAGACAAAUGUUUAAAAUUGAGCACCUGACUGUAAUUCUGUUAAUUUCAAUUCAGCCUCAUAAGUAAUGUGGAAUGAAUUGGAUUAACUAGUCUGGAUAAUUACAGAGCCCUUCCUUCAAGCCUGUGACCAGAGGAGGGAUGUGUGGGAGCAGCUGCAGAAACUGUGGAUGUAGAAGUGUAUCUGUUUCCACCCUGUGUGAUCAGCAUUGUCUUCAACCAACCACAAAAGCCAAAAUCAUUUUCUAAAGCUGUAGUGAAUCAACUAUUUAACCUCAUUGUUUAUUUUUGCACUAGGUUACAGGAGAGUAUAUAAUAUGUAUUGUUUAUGUCACUGUAUUUUUAACUCCUCUGUAGUGAAAACCCUCUUUGAUUUAUGCCAGGGUAUAUACUGUGUAUGUUUUGCAUAGAAAUUAAAGCAAUGUCAGUAUAAUGAAUGUGCCAAACUGGCUGGAGACGAAGACAGGAGUAUUUAGACUAAGAAAUUCAAAGUAUGACUGAGACAGCAUCGUCUGGUAUUAAUAUAUUCCUGUCAUGAAGCUUUUCUAGUCUUCAGGACCACAUUUCCCGUAAGGUUUUUAAAGUAAAGUUCCAGUUCCAGGGGUCUAAAUACCCUCAUGACUGUAUGACAAUAUACUGUUAAUUUAGGGAUUUUAAUAAUUUAACUGAACCAUUCCAGGGUUGAAUGAUCAGACUAAAUACAAUAGUUGAAAUCAAUUUUAAAAUCAGUUUUUGAGUCCUGAAUAAAGCUGCAGAAUAUCAGGAGAUCAUACAGUUUAUUGCAAUAUUGCAAUGAUGUUGUCAUACACGAUAAAUCUUCUUAUUUGUUAGAACUAUUCUCCCACCAGUCUGUGUGAGCAUCCACUGCUCACACAGACUGGUGGAAGAGAACCGUUAGCACCACUUAUUAAACAAACUUGGGUUAAGGUUCAUAUAUAUUUGAAGAUAAAUGUAUAAUUUACACUUUUUGUGGGUUAAUAAUUAGUAAAAACUCAAUGAAUUCAAAGUUGUGCACCUGAUUCUAGAUUUCUAAAAAUCAAUAAAGUUAAGUAAUCAUUCCAUCCUGGAAAAAGAAAGUUUCAUAAAAAACCUAACGUUGAACCGACUUUCAUGCCUAAGAUGGUUGUGUAAACCUCUGAGUAUAACUGUAAGUGUAACUUCAACUCUGUGUUAUAAUUUGACCCAUUUUCAUUCCUUUGGUUGUUUGCAUAUUGUCAGUUUAGUGAACUAAAGGUGUGUUGUUCUGCUAGUUACUGAUCCCAUGAUGCUGGGAGUCGUUAUAAACUACCCAUCUAUCCACAUGUGUAAACAGCUUGGUUAAAUAUGUGCCCACUGAACAACAACACUUACUUCUAAUUUUAACUUCUAUAUUUUCUUUCCAGGCGGGAUAUGGAUAUGCACUGUUUGGAUUGACCUGGCAAUUCAGCCACAGGUCAAGUGUAAUGAGCACAUGUAAAACAAUCAACACAAAAUGGCUAAAAUAUUAUUGCUGUUGGUGUCUUUUUUUUUUGGCAAGCUAGACAAAUAUGUGAGGAUUACUGAAAUAGAUCAAGAGCAGGUGGUCUUUAAUAUUUUUUUUAAAUGUACAUAAUUGAAAAAAAUGGCUAUAACGCAAAUUUGUUGAUGUGUGAUGUUCAAAAUUUAACAAUCAUUGACACUGAAUGGAUUCUUAAUUCAUAUAAUUCUCAGGCAAAUAUGUAGGAAAGGAUAAUCUGAUUAAAGGUAAAUCCCUGUGCAAAUAAUCAGUAUGAACCAAGAUAGGCACAGUAAUUUUAGACCUGUUUCAUUGACAAGUAAGACAACUAUUUUACAUUUGUUAAUAAAUCAAACAACAUGAGCUUCCUAGUGGAAGAUUAGGCAUGUGCCGGUCACCGACAUUACAGUGUAACAAGGUUUUAAUCAGUUAGUUUCAAAACCACAACAUUUUUUUCCCUCACACUGUUUCUGCCACUUAAAGCCUUUUUUAAGUUGAUGCCAGAGAAAGAUAGAGUGAGCAGAUUUUUCUUAGCUGUAUAGAGCCCCUCCCCACCCGUUGCUAAAUGCUGCCAGGUCAGCUAGUCAGAAUAGUAAUCUAUUCAUCUGUUUUGAAAUAUUAAUGGUCGCAAAAACAUGGACAGUCAUUGUGCGGAAACCAAUGGAGACCCACCCAUCAGUCCUUUUAAGGGUAACACUGUUUUUCAUAGUAUAAUUAGCAAUCUAUGAACUGGAUGUUGGUGCAGCAAGCCGACUUCAGGCUACAUUAGCAGAUAGCCCAGCCAUUGCAGCUAAUAUCUGUUUGUUAUAGCUGAGCUACUCUAUUUCAGAUAAUAAAUCAAUUAAAUUAAUCAGAUCAUGGUAGAUUUUGGUUUGAGAUUUUUGUGUCAAUGUUGUGCUGCCAUGUAUUUUUACUGAAGGCUGUCAUACUGUUAGAAUCAAACCGGUCCAUGCCUAAUUUGGAUUCAUUCAAGAACCUGACUCACAUUCACUCAGUAAGUUCUGAGGUCCAUGUUUACCUCUAUUUCAUUCAUCCUGAUUGAAACUGCACUUUUGCAAUCCUUCUUUGUUCUGCCAUGCAUUACAGGUUUUUGGACACAAAUUGUUCCCUUUCGACCGUUUGGCUGCUGAGUUAAAUGUCCAUCCACCUAUCUGGAUUCACAGUGUACAGGAGCCAUGAAGGUGUCUGUGUAAAUACUGUAAAGAUGUAGAACCUUACUGGUUGAGAGUUAUUUAUUUUAGUUAAGAAUCAUGAUGUUCCUCUGGAAAUUUCAGAUAAAUUGUAUUUAAACUAUGUGGCAUUUUUUUUUUGUCCCUUUGGCUCUCAUUUAAGAAAAGGAGCAUGGAAGGUUUUUGAUUUACUUGUGCUAUAUUGUUGCUCCCAGCAGAGGCACAGUUUACCACAACACAAGCUACUGGCAGUUAUAAACCACCUGCAGACAGCUCUUUGUAUUCAAACUACAGUUGACCGAAGCUGUAUCUCAAGCAUUUUAUAGGAUUUCAUGUACCGGUAACAGUUUUUCAACCUGGAGUAUUUUACAAAACCUUUGACAGAGACGGCUUUUAUCAGUCACAAGUACGUGCAUGUAAACUUAAACCCCAUAAGAAGGAACUGUUUAACAAUCUGUUGCAUGUCCUCUAUCAAACUGGAACUACUUAACAAUAAUACAACAGUUAUGUUGUUCAACAUUUCUCCGUUCCUCAAUAAACUAUAGAUAUGGAAAAAAGAA